UGGGUCCAGAUUGUGUGAGGGCUGUGCUGAGGUCUUGUGUUGUUAGAGGAGCUGAGCCUCAGGACCAGCUGGCUGAGGGGGCUCUUCUCCAUGUUCUCCUCUUGGCAUUGCAGAGCUUUGUAGUGGUAGGAGUUGGGGUCACUUGUUUUAAGGUGUUUAUAAAAUUUGAUGGCUCUUUUUUGAAUUCUAAUUAAAAGGGGGAAUUGGCCUAGCUCAGCUCGGCACCCGUUGUUGGGGGUGUUCCUGUGCACUCUCAGGAUGCUCUUGCAAAUCUCUGUAUGCAGGAUUUCGAUGGGGUGUUUGUCCCAUUUUUCAAAAUCUUGAUUUGCAAGAGGACCCCACACCUCACUACCAUACAGAAUAAUUGGUUCAAUUAUAGAUUUGAAUAUUUUGAGCCAGAUUCUAAUGGGCAUAUUAAUGUUUGAAGAUUUCUUUAUAGCAUAGAAAGCCCUUCUUCCCCUCUCUCUGAGAUCAUCAACAGCCAGGUUAAAGUUUCCCGUGGACGUGAUGUGUAGUCCUAAGUAUGUGUAGUCGUGUGUGUGCUCCACCUCAUGAGAGCCCAGGAGAAACCUGGUUUGGUCUCCCUGACCCCUGGGUCGUUUCUGGAAUAUCAUAAUUUUGGUUUUGUCCAGAUUAACUGUCAGGGCCCAGGUCUGACAGAAGGUUUGCAGAUGAUCCAGUUGCUGUUGUAGUGCUUCAUGUGAUGGAGCCAGCAAUAUGAGAUCAUCUGCAAACAGUAGGCAUGUCUCUCUCUCUCUCUCUCUCUCUCUCUCUCUCGUAUUCUAUUACUGCAUCUAGCUAACCCGGCCAUUCUGGAUGUCACUAACUCGGCUUCUUCUCCGGAGCCUUUGUGCUCCACUGUCUCUCAGAUUAACUCAUAUCACAGCGGUGCCUGGACAGCGUGACGUGUGUGCUGCUGCCGUGGUCCUGCCAGAUGCCUCCUGCUGCUGCUGCUGCUGCUGCCAUCAUUAGUCAUUAGUCAUACUUCUACUGUUAUUAUACACAUAUGACUAUUGUCACACAUGUAUACUGCCAGGUAUUAAUACAUACUUUCAAUAUAUUGUACCACAGUAGCCAGAACUAUAACUAUAAUAUUAUUACUUUCAAUAAUGUUGUUGUAAGCUACUGUCAUGAUGUCGUUAUUUGAUUGAUUCCGGCAAAUAGUUCCAUUAUGACAUGGAACUAUUUGAAUAUACUGUCUCUGUGCUAAGCUAAGCUAACAGGUGGGGGACAAACAGCUGAUGGAGGACUUCUCCAGCACUCCCAGUCUAAGCUGGUGUCCAGCUGCUGGUCUAAACUGGGAGCCCCUCCUCUCUCUGUGGCCCCUCCUAUCUCCUGCCCCCUCCGUCUCUCCACACAGACAAGAAGCAGCCGGACGGAUCAGAGGAUGUUGUCAUCACCACCUUCUACCUCCCUCCCCACCUCUGCCCGCCCUCGACCCCCUCGGACAGUGACCUCUGACCCCCGCCACGUCACCAUGGAAACCUACUGGAGAGAAGUGCGGAGCAUUGAGGAGGAGAAAGAGGGAGAGGAAGAGGAGGAUGAGGAGGAGAGGAAGAGUAUGGAUGAGGUGGAGCUGGAGGAGGCAUGGCUGAAGGAGGCAGGGUUAUCCUCACUGGUGACCGACUCAUUGUCAGAAGAGGCGCCGCCACCGGCUGAGGCGCUGCUGUCCACGCUGACACGGCAACAAGCCGCCACGGUGAGAAAGAGGCUGGACAACUACAAUGAGACACUGAAGACCAGAAACAGGCAGCCAAUCAGAGACGUGCGGGACAUCUUCACUGAGCCUGAUGAAGACUCAGUAGAACGAUGCCCCUCCCCGCCCUCUCACCGCGCCGAGUCACCACCAAGUCGAUACCACACCACCACCAAAACCAUCCACCGAAACACUCAUAGAGUUCGACCAGCUCUUCCUGCCUUUGUCUUUGAGGAUCACCUCCCCGAACACCCGUCAUCCCCCAAAAACACACACUCUGCCACAGACACACACUCACAGACACACACACACUCUCCAACAGACACACACUCACCGACACACACACACUCUCCACCUGUCAAUUGGUCAAGACGAGCUGAUUGGCUGCUCCGGGACUGUCCAUACUCAGAGGGCGUGGCUGAGCAUAAACGGGGUGGGACUUGUUGGGACUGUCUUCGUUUCCAUGGAGACGACAGUGACCUGCCGUUUGUACCUGUCUCUCCCUCUCAGGGUCUUACCUCAGCAGACGACCUGUCAUCAUGUGACCUCACCCGCCUUGGCUUCAUCUCUCACAUCGAGCUCUCCACCUUCCUGCUCGCUCUGGGAGUCCAAACCAAACGCACCCGCCCACCACGUCGCAGGACCCGGGACUGCGGUGUGUUCGCUGUUCCUCUGAGGUUGUUGUUGGAAAACGACAGAAAGAAGUUUCCUGGAGUCAAAGUUCCUGUCGUCUUCCAGAAGUUGUUGUGUAUUUUAGAGCAGACUGGCCUGCAGACUGAAGGGAUUCUCAGAGUGCCAGCAUCAGCCGCCAGACUCAAGUACCUGCGUAGAGAGUUAGACAGGUGUUGUGGAGGGUUCGACUGGUCUGCAGUGAGACAGGUGGACGCCGCAGGUCUGCUGAAGCUUUUCAUCAGAGAGCUGCCAACACCUCUGCUGACACACACACACCUGUCCACCUACCGCUCUGUGCUGGGUGUGUCCUCUGAGGUCCACCAGGUCCAGGCUCUGCAGCUGCUGUCCUUGUUGCUUCCAGAAGAGAACAGAGACACACUCAAAGCUCUGCUGGUCUUCCUGCGUAAGGUGGUCUCUCACCAGGACCAGAACAGGAUGUCUCUGUGGAAUGUCUCCAUGGUGAUGGCACCCAACCUGUUCACCCGCCCUCACCAUGGCAACAAACGCUCAAUCGCCAGGCAACAGGAGGAGAUGGAGGAGGCGGUGGGUGGAGCUCACCUGGUCCGACUGAUGAUCACACACCAGGACCUGCUGUGGACUGUCCCCAGCUUCCUGCUGUCUCAGGUGAGACAGAUGAACCAGGCAUCCAAUCAGAAACGGUUCGGCCUGACCAGGGCAAAAAGACGGCUGCUGAGGAGGAAGAACGACAAGACUGAGAGGAACCAGAUCACAGAGCUGUGUGACGGUGUUGUCAGGGUUCACGCCCCCCUGCACGCCAAGGUCUCCAUGGCCGUACAGCUGGACGGACAGAUGACAGCCAGAGACGUCAUCACCCGCUUUGAGUGUGACAACAGUGCUUGUCUCUGCAGCAGCAGCUGUCUUCAGCAUCUGUACGAAGUCGGAGGAAACAUCUGUGAGCGGCGUCUCCAUCCAGACUGCGUGCUGUUGGAUGUUUACAAAGUGAAUCCUCACUGUGAUUGGCUGAUCAAACCCUGACACACACUCUGUCUGACCACCAAUCUGACAGCGUGUUUAAAGACUCUCAUCCUGUCUCACUUCCUGUCCCAAUGCUCCAACAGCCUGUAAGAACUGGUCUGUCAACCUGACCUUCACGUCUCGCCGUGUGUCUCGCCUGUGUGACAACGUCUCACCGCCUGCUUGGCCGUCUUUUCAGAGACAGUGACCUCCGCCUGUUGUCAUGGUGACAUCAGGAGCAGCUGUUAAACUGGAGAAACACAAACUGUUUGUAUUUCCUGUAUUUUCUAUGUCUGGUUUUAUUGUUGCAGACAGCCGCUGAUAUUAAAACCAUGACGAGCAGCUGCUGGUGUCGUGUCUCCUCCUGCUGGUCACUGUUGGUACCUGCAGGUUCACUCAUUAUGAACUCGUCCUGACGCAGCUGGAAACACCUGAAACCACACGUUGAUUUGAAUACGCACACUGGGUGGAAAUUUAAUCUGUCAAAUUUCUUAUUUCAAUAAAAAUAAAAAGUGAAAGUAAUGAAAUAUAAAAAAGAGAAAACAGACGUGGUUUAAAAACAGUCGCUCUGCUCAUGAAACUGAACAGAACUAUUUUAUAUACAACGACACAAAAUGGAGCCUUUCUGUACAGACAUUACAAAUCAUACAUGAAGCCAGAGGACACGGAGGUGUCCAUGUUUAACAUGUUCAUCACAUGAUUGCUGAGGUCAUCAAUUCAAGUUAAAGUCACAUCAGGUUCAGGAAAAAAAAAAAAUCAUACAAACCCACGACUUCAACUCUGUUUACAUCAAAGAAUCAAUGAAGAUACAAUCAAAGCACCCCGAAUACAGUGACACUUAGUUAGGAGCAGCAGCUGACGUGUCCAGAUGUUAGGAGCAGCAGCUGACGUGUCCAGAUGUUAGGAGCAGCAGCUGACGUGUCCAGA